UACCUCUCUUCUUCCUCAAUCACCUUAUCUCUCUCAAUCACCAUUGAUGAUUCACAGUUAGGUUUCUCUUUUUAACAUGGUAUCAGAGCUUUGGUAAACGAUUAAGACCUAGCUGAUGAAUUCAACCAUGGAAGAACACAUUGGAGAAGAAAGGUGAAGAAGCACACAGUUCGUCGACUUCAACGUGCAAUUUCUAAAUCUCACAAAUCGGAGAUUCUCGUGAUCUGCAGCUGGUUAAUUUUGUGCUUUACAUCAUCGAUUGUUCUGUUUCACAAUCGAAUUGGAACAAUUUUGCAUUCAGUCAUUCAAUUAGUUGAAAAUUGAAGAUGGCGAAUGGAAUUCAAAGUUCGCCCUCAUCGAACAAUGAACAGACUGAACAAUUCACGGACAUUCAUCCCAAGAGUCCUCUAUAUCUCCAUCCAUCAGAUAAUCCAGGACCUUUGCACUGGAAAGGUGUUGGGGAUUGGUAAGGAGAAGGAAGGUCUUUACUUGCUUCCAUCUACCAAGCAACCUGCAUUUGUCACAACAUUAGGUUCAACCUCACGUCAAUGCUUCUCUUCAUCCACUCAAGCUCAUCCCUCUAUCUGGCAUAUGAGAUUUGGGCAUGCCCCAGUUGCAGUACUGCAGAAGAUCACGACCUUGCAACCUCUUUUACAGAAUAAGACAUUCUCCCCUUGUACAGUUUGUCCUCUUGCAAGACAGACCAGAUUUCCAUUCCCCACUAGUACUUCUAAAACUACCUGUAUUUUUGAACUUCUACAUAUGGAUGUUUGGGGCUCAUAUAAACAAUGUACUUACAAUGGUCACAAGUACUUUCUCACAAUAGUUGAUGAUUAAUCUAUAAUGUCUUGGUUGUUUCUUUUGAGACUAAAGAGUGAUGCCAUUGUUUGUAUAAAAAACUUUCUAACUCUCAUUAAAACUCAGUUUUCUGCAUGUGUCAAAGUUGUUAGAUCAGAUAAUGGUCUUGAAUUCUUCAAUUCUCAAUGUAA